CUGUCUCGUGCCGUUUCGGGUCGUUUCUGCCGUACAAGUACCUUUGUACAUUUAUUUGGCUGUUAAACGGAUGUGCCAGUGAAUAUUGAUGUCGAGCGUGAUGGAAUUGAACGUACGUGCCACGAGGCUGUGACGGAAAGCGACUCGCUCUCGUUCUCCGCGCUGCGGAAUUGAUGGAAGCGUCGACUGCCACUUUCGAAUCGUGCUGGAUACCGUCAUUUAGGAGAGUGGAUACUUGUCUGCUAACCAGAAUUGAAAUGCUGAUCAACUAGUGGAAUAGAGGCGUGAAUGUAAUCUAUAAUAAAAAGAAAUUGAGAGGAGACAUCUACAGGUAUACAUCAAGUUGAAAUAUUUUGUAUCAAAAGCGAUACCAAAAUGGCGCCAGUACCUCUAGAGGGUCAUCAAACUCCUGUCACAAACAACAUACCACAGGAAGGCAAUCGUGGUGGAUCUAUAUCCUUAGGCAUGCUCAUAGAUUUUAUCAUACAACGAACGUAUCAUGAACUCACUGUUCUUGCCGAACUUCUACCUCGUAAAACGGACAUGGAACGCAAAAUUGAAAUUUACAAUUUUUCCGCUCGAACAAGGCAACUGUACGUUCGUUUGUUGGCACUGGUAAAAUGGGCGAAUAGCGCGUCUAAAGUGGAUAAAUCUACACAUAUAAUGGCGUUUUUAGAUAAGCAGUCAUUGCUUUUUGUCGAUACCGCGGAUAUGCUGGCGAGGAUGGCUCGUGAAACCUUGGUACACGCCAGACUUCCGAAUUUUCAUAUUCCCGCAGCCGUGGAAGUACUUACCACUGGGACAUACGGUAGAUUACCGGCUUGCAUUCGAGAGAGAAUAGUGCCUCCGGAUCCCAUCACUCCUUCAGAAAAGAGAAGCACGUUGCAGAGAUUGAAUCAGGUUAUUCAGCAUAGGUUGGUCACUGGAAAUUUGCUACCACAAAUGCGUAAUUUAAAGAUCGAGGCAGGAAGGGUGACGUUCCUGGUUGAGCAAGAGUUUUCGGUGUCUCUUACGGUUAUGGGUGAUGGGCCGACAGUACCGUGGAGAUUGUUAGAAUUGGAAAUUUUGGUUUCGGAUAGGGAGACUGGAGAUGGCAAGGCAUUGGUACAUCCUUUGCAAACUCGAUACGUACAUCAGGUUGUUCAAUCGCGAUUGGCUGAAAGUACUAAUCCACUAUCGGAGGUGUAUCAUAUCCUGCAUUAUUUUUGUCAGUCGUUACAAUUAGAAGUUUUAUAUUCUCAAACGUUAAGGCUGAUACGGGACAGAUUGGACGAUCAUAUUCACGUAGAUGAAUAUACACCUGGCAAAUGUCUUUCCAUAUCUUAUUGGAGGGAAUUAACGAGUAAGGAUCCACGAUCGGAGCUUGGAUAUAGAUUAACUGUUCAAGUGGAUCAACACGACCCUGCGAGACCCCUCGCAGUUGUGCAUAUCCCGUCGUUGGGUAGUAAGGAAAGCGAGAUAGCGCAUAGAGCCAUCAGGUCGGACCAAUUAUCGAUGGAAUGCUUACUCGUACACACUAUCUACAUCCGGACGCGAAGUCGUUUAUCUGAAUUGAAGCAAGAGCUACAAACGAUGCUGAAAGACGUUGAAUGUACCUUAGCGGGAUCUCCAGCUAUUCUAUCAGUACCUAUAUUGCAACCAUGUUUACGUGCUGAGCUUCUGUUAGUCACAGUCGACACUCAUACCGGUAUGCUACAGUGUCACGUCCCUCAAUACGACGCACCGCUUGUCCCAGAAUUAACAACGGCGCUGAACGGGGAUCAUUCGCGUCUUCCGACACUUAUCUCUGAACUGAGAUUUUGGAUAACGCAGAGACGUUGCGAGAAAACGUUGCAGCAUCUACCAGCCACCUCGCACGAACGUUUGCCUGUUUUGCAUCAUCCGGAUCAUCCUAUGUCUAAGAUUAGUCGACACCGGAUGUUCGUACAAUUGCACAGACAUCCUACAGUCAUAUUGAUUGUCGCGUUCAAAGAGAAAGAAAGCUCGCCAUGUGAAAUAGAAUGCUCCUUCUAUCUCGCUGUAGUGAAGCACAGUUCCAUCGAAGACGAUCCGCACGAUGAUAGCAUUGAAACAGAAAUACCAAAAAUGUAUCUGAAGGUCCAAAGCCUUAUUGAGUUUGAUACUUUUGUGAUUACACAUGGCCCGUUUACAAGUGUCGAUAGUGGGAAUAAUGAUCAAGAUGGGGGGUGCAUUACAGAAGUGGUGGAGACGACCAACAACAAACGUAGAAGCACCGGGGUCGGAGGAAGGACAGACGCGGUAGGAACGCCACAGAAUAGAAGACCAAAGCAUCCGGCUUACUUUAUUCCGGAGUUGGCGCAUGUCGUCGCUUUGUGCGACGAGCGAAUACCGUUCGUAACUCUGGCUCAAGAACUUACUAGACGAGAGAUAGCCCAUCAAGGUCUCCAGGUUGAGGCGAAUGCCACGGCAUUGGUGCUCAAACUUGUUCAAUUGCCUCCGCCUUUGCCGAGCAUGACUACGAGCAGUGCUUGGCACGCUCUUCUUAAAAGACUCCUGAGUGUCUCGAUUAGAGUUCAGGGCAAGGGCAUGGCUAAAACUUGGACAGUGGAAUUUGUAUUUUUUGGUAGUCCUCUUUCCAGCAGUCAUUCCAAAGAACAAGGUUUGCGAAGACCAGUUUAUUUUCAAUACGAAAUGGGUAUGGCCGAUACCGUCUCCCGCACUGUAGAUGCCUUAUUAAACGAUUGGGCACAAAUAGUGCAUUUGUAUUCGAUUGUUCAAGAUUUAGCUGAAUAUUUCAAAAUGGAGAAAUACAACUUACGCAACAUGGUUAGCAUUAAGUCUUAUAGUUAUAGCAAGCUGGUUCUUGCGUAUGGUCCAAAUCAAGGUGCAACUGUCACCGUACAGUGGAGUACAAACGACAAGGCUUUUAAGAUGGUAUUUGGUAGGAGUCCGACGAAUCCGGUGACCAACGCGCAUUCUAUAAUGAAGGAACAACUAGAAGCUCAUUUGAAUAGACACACGAAUUUGGCACAAAUUAUUCACAUACUUAACGAAACGCUUCAGCCGCUCACGUCGAUCAAUAAAUUACCAUCAAUCCCACAGUUAUGCGUGCAUGCGGUAAGUGCACGCGCUCACCCGCCUUUUUUCGGUUCCGAUUUACGGCUAAAUUCCCCUCUACAGAGACCACGAGUGCCAGUACAAACGUUUACUAUAAUGCCACAAUGUGUCACUUUAGUAAGGAUAGCGUAUCAAGGGAUGUAUUGUUUGGAAUUGCGUAUGCGCGGCGGGGGUUUGGUAAGCUUGCGCGACGGUGCUUACAGUCGUUUCGACAGAAGUAAUGUCGUUGACGAGUUCACGCCUACGCAAGGCUUAAAGGCAUUCUUAUCGAAAUAUGUCGACGAGAAUGCGGUAUCUAGAAGGAGAUCGCAAUCGGAGGACGAUAAUCCACCGUCGCCUGUCACUAUGGACAGCGACGGUACUGGAGGCAACGUGGGCUUCUUAGGGCAUCAUAGAAGCGGGCCCCAAUCGCCCGCCCAACAACGCGAAGGUCUGAGAUUUCAUCCACCGCUGACACCACCGUCUGGUAGCAAUCCUCACACACCGGCUAGUCCUCAUACUGCAAAUAUAUCCCAAGCAAAUCAACACCAAAGUUUCGGAAGCAGUCCUGCAACUUCGUUUAAUUUAGCAUCUCCGCCGUCAUUACCGCCAAAUACACCCAAUAUGUUACCACAUCCGUCUCCUGGAUCGGGACUCGUUGCGAAUAGUCCUCUAAAUCCGAUGCACGUUCCCAGUCCGGCUGGCCUCAUGCCGACAUCAUCGCCUGGACCUUGCAGUAAUGUUCAAGUAGGACAUUCUCCUGCUGGUUCGUUCAUGCAAACAGGUCAUAUCGACGGUAGUCCUUUCCCGGCCUCUCAAAGCAUGGCUUCUCCGGCUGCUUCCAACUGGCCUGGAUCUCCGAGUGUACCGAGGCCUUCCCCCGCGAGACCCGGACAGAACCCAAGUCACGCGGCGUUGCAUAGCCCGCAAGCCUCCGAUCACAAGACUGGUAGUCAUAUAUCCAGGGUAUUACCGCAGAGAUCCUGGGCAGGUGCCGUGCCGACGCUUCUCACGCACGAAGCCCUAGAACUGCUUUGCUGCCCGUCAAUCCAUCCGUCCAACUUGCCGGGUCCGGAUAUGUCGCCGCUCGAGAGAUUUCUGGGCUGCGUCUACAUGCGAAGACAGUUGCAACGUUUCAUCCAGAUGGAUGAUUGCUUAACCGGUAUCAGUGCCGAGCCCGGUGUGGUACACUUCAAAGCCGAGAGCUUGCAAUGCAGAGUCGGAUUAAAUCCGCAACAUUUCCAAUCUCUUCACAUAAAGGUUCUCUCUCUUCCGGAGUAUAAAGAUCAAUGGAGUCUGGAAGAGUUACAGAUUAUUGAGAAGUUCUUCGACAAUCGAGUAGCCGCCCCACCUUAUAAACACAACACCCUGUCUGGUUUCGGGAGGAUGCUUAACGUGCGUUUUAAAGUGUUGAAGGACUUCGUGCAGAUAAUGAAGCUGGAGCUAGUUCCCGGUCUCGUACAGCAGCAGCAGUUAAAGUGGUCUGUCCAGCUGUGUUUGCGCAUCCCGCCUUCCGCUGGGCCAAUCGUGCCCCCCGGCACGGAGGGCGUACACGUUUGCAGGAGCAAAAUCCUAUUUUUCUUGCAAAUAACGAGAAUGGGUAUACCGUAUCAAGGAGAGACGCCAUCCUUGGUGCUGCCGUUCGUGUACGACGUAACUACGAAUUUAACGCAACUGGCUGAGAGACGAGAUCUUAGCCCUCCUCCCACGGCGCUUACGGCGGCAUCCAUGCAGCUGAAGAGAUUCGCCGAGUACGGCGCGAAUCAGUCGGAGUGCUCGUUGUUCCCCGCUGUACGGGACCUGUUAGCUAAUUUCACAUUGCCGACGGAACCGCAAGUUAUGCCACAGGUUGGCCCGCCCCCUGCGGGAAAUCAAGUGCCCACCCAGCAGAUCCAGAACACGACGAUGCAGAUGCAUUCGCCUAUGGCAGGCGGCCAAGGUCCGCCGCAGGGACCAUACGGAAUCCAAGGCAUGCAGCCGAUGGGCAUGAUGGGCGGGCCGCCUCAAUAGGACUUGCUUUACUCUCCUAAUCCCCUUUGUCUGCCGAGUCAUUCAACGUGGAUGAACUAGAAAUGUAAACCUCGAAGAAUUCGCGAGACAAUUCGCCCGUGCUAUUCUAACAUUAGAGGAUUUACAUUUUAUGGGGUAUCUUAGGAGAGAAAAAGCUGUGACAUUCGCUGCGUUUAAUCCAACGAAAAAAAAUGGACUGAUAAAAGAAGAGAUAUUACGAAACGUUCCCUGUGUGAGUGACAAUCUCUGAUAUCUGAGUUUGGUACUGUAAAUACGCGCUUUGUAUUUUAACAACGCUAUCAGCAAACUCUACCACUAAAGCAAAUAUGCUAAAACGAAUGUAUAAAAUGUAUCAUAAGAAUUAGGUCAUAUAAGAAUUAUAUUAGAUUAUAUCAUUCGACGUAGCUUAAUUUAAUUUAACGGAAAAUUACUACAGCUGUAACUGUACUUGCCAGCGACAAUUCCUUUAUAUUUACAUUCUGCUUCAUGUAAAAUUAUAUUCUCCACUGGAAAUUAUCUAUAUACAAUUAUACAAGUAUAGAAUACAAAUCUAUAGAGGCAAGUAUCUUUUUUAUAACAUAUGAACAAUAUAUAAAUGUGAAUACGAAAUAAUGAAAUUUAUGACAUUGUUGCAAAUAAAAGGCAUUAUAGAUAUGCGAAAAAAAUGUAAAAAUGUUUAUAAGUAUAUUUCUUAGAUGUAUUUAGUUCGCAUACAGUAGCGAGUACGCAUACUGCGCUUUCGAAUAUAUGUGAACAACGAUUUUAUCAGACGUACAGUUUUUAUACACACACACACACACACACAUAUAUAAAAGUUGCGUUAUUUUAUAAUCAGCAUAUUUGACAAAAUAAGCUGUUGGAUAUCUAAAAUGUUUUUGUGUCAAAUUAAUUUAAAUAUAUAUAUGUGUCCACAUUUGUAAUCGAUUGAUUCUUGAUAUGUUUCCGUAAUGAAUCGAUAGAAGAAAAUAAUUCGCAUUACACAUUUUAUCUGGCAUUUAUGAAUAAUAUAUAUAAAAUUUUUAUUUUGGUUCUGUGUGUAUACAGCUUCUUUCUUUUUUUACAAAAAACAUAUAAUACUCUUAACAAAAAUCAAUCGUACUAUAUUCUUAAUAUAUGCAAUUGUACAGUACUCAUAGUUAAUAAUAAUGUAUUGGAAUACAACUGUAUAUCAAUAAUCGCAUCUCAAAUAUAUACACUUUUAGGUCAGGUA